UUCUUUGCUUUUGGUGACUGUGCUGGUGUUUUUGAUGGAAAAGUACAACCCGUUUUAUAACACCCCCGAACACGCCGAGGAGAGAAUGAUUUAUGGCGGUUUGCAUGAAUUACACAGCUCUUUUUGGUAUGUCUUCGGAGCACUGCUUUGUCAAGGUGGGGUACAUCUACCACAAUCAACAUCAGGUCGUACCUUGAUAAGCUGCUGGUGGCUCACUUGUAUUAUCAUUGUCGGAACAUACUGCGGCAACCUUAUUGCCUUCUUAACUGUCACUAAAGAGAAACCUCCGUUUAACACUCUUGCUGAAAUGCUGGAUCUUAAAGGCGACUACAAAUGGGGCACUGUAGGAGGCACCUCGUGGGAGAUGGCAUUUCCGACUUCAAGCAACCCAACAUUUAAAGCCAUAGGACAAGCGUUUGAGGAGUUCAGCAAAACAGACCCAACUGUUUUACACCAGAGACCACCCUUUCAUAUAAACCGGGUGAAAGAAGAUGAAAAAUACGCUUGGAUAGGUGAUAAAACCAGUAUAGAGAUUGCCAUGGCAACAGAAUGCAGCCUUGUCUCCAUCAAAGAGAAUUUCAUGCCGCUUAUUUACGUAUUUGGUUUCACAAACGACUCCCCGCAUACCCAUGUUUUCUCCGAGCAGAUGAUCAAGAUUCACGAAGGCGGACUUUAUCAAAUUUGGAAGAGAAAAUGGUGGCCGAAGUCUAAUUUCUGUACUGGGAAUUCAAUACCCGAAGCAAAACCAAUCUCGUUUAUGGACGUACAAAGUGCAUUUUACGUUUGUUUGAUUGGAAUUUUCAUCGGUUUAUUUGCUUUUGUUGUCGAAAUUUUAUUUCAUAAAUAUUGUAUGUACAUUAAAAAGCGCGAAACGUGUGGAGCAAAAAGUGAUGACGGAAAGGAAAUCGAUUGCAAAGGUGCAAAUGAGAGUAACUUGGCUUGUCAAGCAAAUUCACGACUGUGAUUAUUUUGUAACAGAUGAAUAUGAAGAUCAAACGACAGCGAAUAUAAACUGAACUAAACUGUCUAUGAACUGUAACGUUUACAAUGUUUCAUGAUAAAGUGUUUUUGUUUGAAUGUCUGAAAGAAUUUAAUUUUCUAGAUUAAACACGUGUUAACAUGGUCAUCAGAAUAAUGCACCUUCAGAAAUGUAAAAUUCCCAAUGCAAAUGGGUUACAGUAUGUUUAUAAAGUUGGUUUUUGGUUAAUUUCAAAUAUAUAAAUGAUCUUUUAGAUUAAUUUCAAGCUCAUUUACUUGAACCUCUUUUUCAUAAAGUUCGCAGGUAUGAUAAUUAGUAAGCAGCCUGUUUCUUUACUUGUAUUUAAUUGCAACUUCUCCCUUAGAUCACUUGGGAAUAUGUCAUGAAUAUGUUAUGAAGAAGAGGUAUAAUCUUCAUGUAAAACACUAAUUUGAAACAGAAUUUACCUGAAAAGCAUUAAUUAUGGCAUUUGAUAUAAAAAAUUCAUAACUUCUCUCUCAUUAGGUGCUAAUUAAGUUUUCAUGAUUCUCAUAUAUCGAUCAGCAGUUCUAGCUGUA